CGCGAUGUAUAUUUAUACAGGAAGUGGUAUUAACAGAGCAGCCGGUGGUGUAGUCUGUUCUGUGUCGUGACGGCAGGUGCUGUGUGUGUGUAGCUGGUGCCGCAGUGAUGGAGCAGUGUGCCUGUGUGGAGCGGGAGCUGGAAAAGGUCCUCCACAGGUUUGUGAUGUACGGACACCUCUCGGAGGAAAGCCUGGACGAGCUGCUCCGAUACGUGUCCGAGCUCCGAGGGCAGCUGGUCAACUCAGGUCUGAAAGAUUCGGACUUGGACGGUCAGUUCUCCCAGGCGAUGGGCCGCUGCUGUAAGAAUAUUAAGGAUACAGUGCAGAGAUUGGCUUCCAGCCACAAAGAUAUCCAUGGCAGCGUUUCUAAAGUGGGGAAAGCCAUUGACCGGAAUUUCGACGCAGAGGUGAGUGCGGUGGUGGCAGAAAACAUGUGGGAGUCCCGCGAGAGGCAGAAGUGCCUAAGUGAAUCCAUCGUGGAGCACUUGUACCGACAGGGCAUGCUGAGUGUGGCUGAGGACCUGUGCCAGGAGUCUGGGGUAGUCAUUGAUAGGAGUAUGAAGCAGCCCUUUCUGGAACUGAACCGAAUUUUAGAGGCUUUGAGAAUGCAGGACCUCAGACCAGCCCUAGAAUGGGCGAUUGCAAACAGGCAGCGUCUCUUGGACCUGAACAGCACCCUGGAGUUCAAGCUGCACCGGCUCUACUUCAUCAGCCUGCUGAACGGGGGGAUCGAGAACCAGGUGGAGGCUCUGCGAUACGCACGCCACUUCCAGCCCUUCGCUGCACACCACCAGAGAGAUAUCCAGAUUCUGAUGGGCAGCCUGGUGUACCUGCGUCACGGCAUUGAGAACUCGCCCUACCACAACCUGCUGGAGACCCAGCAGUGGACAGAGAUCUGCAACAUCUUCACCAGAGACGCCUGUGCGCUUCUGGGACUAUCUGUAGAGUCGCCUCUUAGCGUCAGUUUUGCUUCAGGUUGCAUGGCGCUGCCUGUCCUGAUGAACAUCAAGCAGGUGAUUGAGCAGAGACAAUGCACCGGAGUCUGGACACACAAAGAUGAGCUUCCGAUCGAGGUCGACCUUGGUAAGAAGUGCUGGUAUCACUCUGUGUUCGCGUGCCCCAUUCUCCGCCAGCAGACCUCCGAGACCAACCCCCCCAUGAAACUGCUGUGCGGACACGUCAUCUCCCGCGAUGCCCUCAACAAACUCAUGAGCGCCGGAAAGUUGAAAUGCCCAUACUGCCCAAUGGAGCAGAACCCUUCGGACGCUAAGCGAAUCAUCUUUUGAAGACACAGGGUGGCGAAGUAAGAGAGGAUUCAGGUUGUAAUUUACUGGAGAUUCAGGGCCCACCUUUGCCGGCACAAGUGUUGCCUUUUGCAGCGGUCAGAGGCCGUGCCUUGAGAGUGACCUGCACCUUCCUGUCUCCUAGAUCGAAUUAGUUUUAAGAGUUAGUGUUGUAUGCUAGGGUUGAACCAAUAGACAGAGUUUGAUGUAAUGCAUUAAUCAAUAUAUUAAUCGGUGUAAAAACAUUGAAAGAAGUAUAAGCGUUCAAGCUGUACUUUCUGUAUUUCAGGGAAAAUAAAAACGAAAUCGCCGUUGCUUUGUCAGGUACCCUUGUAUGUAAAACCUAGCUGUUCUAACAUAAACCACUCGCUUCUUAAACUGGUCUGAAUGUUCCAUCUCCCCCAUUGUUUUAUUGAGAUUGGCAUAAAGAAAUUUGGAGAGGCACGUGUGCCUAAUAAUUCUGGUGGUCACUGCACAUAGAAGGGUGUCCAUCACUGAACCACAUAGAAGGGGCGGCUCAUUUUAGACAGACUGCAAGUCAUUAAGCUGUCAAAUAGUGCAGUUCUGUGUUGGCACCAGAUCUGUGUAUUCUAUUAACGGCACAGUUGUUUGCCAUGUUUCGACAGAUCAUUCAAAAGUCUCACAAACAAGAAGGCAUCAAACACCCGAAAACCGCUGUGUGUUUCACCGUUUGAUUUUGUUCUUGGGAUAACUUGUAGUGUUCAUGUAUUUUCCAGCAAGUUAGGUAUUGGUAUGAAAUAAAACUAAAGUUUUAAAGGUUUGAUUCUAUCAUUAUUAUACAAGCAAAUAUUUAAAGUUUAAAAAUAAAAAAAAAAUAAAAAGUUAGAUGUCCAGUAAUUUUAAUUGCAGUCUCCAGUUUGUUAUAGAUUAUAGUUGUAAAAAAAUAAUUUAAAAAAAAAUUAUCAAAUUCACAUUCAGUAGAGGACAAGGAGCCAGUCAAUCUUCAUAUGAAUGUUGUUUUUCACUUGCAGUCCAUUCUGUUGUUCUUUGACUGGCACAGUGAGAAGUUAUGCCACAUGGUUAUGCUGUAUUACCUCCAUUGUUAUUUGCAUGGACAUGCCGUGGUAUUUACACGUGUAUUUCAGCACUGUGGUGUACAAUCUUCCACGCAGUGGCAGCGGCUCAUGCUAUUCCUGGGGGUGAAUUGCAAAACAAAUCGUUGAUGCUCCAUGCACUUUACAAUAGAAGGGUCACUGUUCUUUAUGAAUUAGACUUCUGGGACUAUAUUCUCUGUAUGUUUUGAUCUUGGCAAAAUAGUUUUUUUUUUUUCUGUAAAUCAUCUGCAUUUUAAUAUUAUUACCCCAAUAAACAUCUACAUAUGUGCUUUAUAAACGCAUACAAUGGAAAAAAAUUGAACAAUUCUUUCAUGCUUGACAGGCAGUCAAUCUCUUCUUGCCUCACAAGCUGUUAUGACAAUAGCUGUUGUAUGCUGGUGCAAUGGGGUUGCUCAGCAUCAUGUAGGUUUGCAUGUGUCUGUCACUAUUGCAUUCUUAAUAUCCAGACUUAUUGGCAUAGUAAACAAUCUCUGACUCCAUCUUCUACAGUGCCACCCACAGGUUUUCAAGGACCAGUGUGCAGUUUGUGGACAGAGAGGACUCCGGUGGUAGAUUGGUUAAGGAUGCUCAUAUUUAAUGUGUGAUUUCUAUGUAUAAUAAUGGUAGUAUGUAAGCUGCUGUUUUUCACUUGCCACCACUGUUUACAUGCAUGUUUCAGACAUGACCACAGUCAUGAUGUGCAUUGUUCUUUGUGGGCUGUAGAAAGAUAUCCCUGCUGUUCCAAGUGUAAGCACAUAUUCCAGCUUAAUAAGAGGCAACUAGAAAAGCAUGGGUCUCACAACCGCAUUGGAGUGGGUGUGUGUUUCCCUUGUUUGUCUAGUCUUUGGUUUUGCUGCUUGCUAUAUUUAAGUGUUGCAAAAUAUAAGCAGCCUAAUGUAACCAAAGCCUUUUGUGUGUGUUUCUGCUAUCUCUGUAGUCGCUGUAAAGCAAGACGCUCCAUGCAGUCAACACUUGCCUUUGUGCUGUCACUUCGUGCCACCUGGGCUGAAAAGACAGAAACCUGUUAAGGUUCGGAGCUUUGCAAAGACAGUCUACGGGCAUUUUAUUCCUGAGCAUUAAUAUGUAGCAACUGUGCAUUAUAGGACAAAAAUUAGCUUUUUUUCUGGUUAUGUUUGUUAGUGCAAUUUUUAUUGUAAAUAGUUAUCCUUUAAUAGUGUGUUUCAUAUUAUACAUGCAUCUAAAAUACAAAUAAAACACAAAUCUUUCUACUCUA